AUGAACAGGCGUGGCUUGAUGUGUCAGGGAGUCCAGCCGCUGCUUACCUUGUAUCAGUGAGGCGUCGUACCUGGAGGACGUCGGUACAUCUUUACAGGAAGUGACUGCAUUGACUUGACAAUGGGAGAACAGAAUUUUAAAGGACAGCUUAUAGCCUAUUGUAACAAAUUGGAACUCGCUUAUAGAUUUGGAGAGCCAUUUUCGACUGGUCCAUCUCAUGAUCCAAGAUUUACUUAUUCUGUUUUUGUCAACAAUGAAAAGGUUGGAGAAGGAGAAGAUAAAAAGAAAAGAACAGCUGCUAACAUUGCAGCCAAAAUGGCUUUGAUGUCCUUACAAAAGCGAGAACAUAAACCAAACCAGGUGCAGCAUGAGACGGCUCGGCGCUCUGAACCCGUUGUUCACCCAAUGACUUCUGCUUCAGGCACAAGCACUGAACACAGUACAGUAAAUGGUGUCGCAAGUAAAUUGGAGGAGUUCCCAAACUACGUAGGAAGAUUUAAUGAGUAUUGUCAGAAAAGGGGAUUUAGAUGUUACAGUUUUGUGGAUGCUCGAAGAGGGCCUGAUCAUAUUCCUGAGUUUUUCUGCAGUGCCGUUAUUGAUGAGCGAACGUUUCCUGAAGCUAAAGGGAAAAAUAAGAAAGACGCAAAACAGAAUGCUGCACGUUUGGCCUUGAAGGUCCUUAAGAUGAAGGAACCUACCAAUGUUCAGUUACAACAGAUCCCAGGGCUAGAUGAUGCAGAUCUGAUGCAAGCAACAAGUACUUCUGAAUCCCAAAGUGCCAACAAAAUGUCUUCAAGCCUAAAGAUGUCCGAAAAUUUACCUUCAAAGCCAAUAACAACCGCUCAGCCGUCAUGCACUGAAACCCCAAUUCACCCAAGCAAACCUCACAGGCGAAUAGCAGCCAACUUCUCAAAUCAAGAACAAGUAAAUGAUAAACCCACUGAAGACAAAUUAUUUCUUCAGGAUUUUGACAACAUAAUAAGACUCGGUUCUGGUGGAUAUGGAACAGUUUUUAAAGCCAGAAAAAAAUUGGAUCAAAAGGACUAUGCUGUUAAAAAAGUAAAGCGACGCUCAGAAAAAGAUGUCUCCGAGGUUAAAGCUUUAGCUGUUUUAGAGCAUCCACAUAUUGUUCGAUACUACCAUUCCUGGAGUGGCGAAGAUUUAUUUUCUGAUGAAAGCUGCAGUGGAGACGGCCAGAACCAGAAGCUAAAAUGCCUGUUCAUACAAAUGGAAUGGUGUGCAAAAGGAACAUUGGAAGACUGGAUAGAAAGCAUGGAAAAAAUUGAUAAGCUCAAGAGUCUUGAUAUUUUCCAACAAAUAGUGGAUGGAGUGGCGUACAUUCAUUCUAAAAAAUUGAUUCACAGAGAUCUAAAACCUCCAAAUAUUUUGUUUGCAGAAGAUAUGGUAGUAAAGAUAGCAGAUUUUGGUCUGGUUACGCCAAUAAGUGAAAAAAUUGAGACCCCCCAAUUACUGAGGACUGUAAAAAUGGGAACCAAACGUUACAUGGCUCCAGAACAGGAAAACGACACUUAUGAAAAUGAAGUAGAUAUCUUUGCUUUGGGAUUAAUACUGGUUGAACUGUUCUGCAAGUUCGGCAGUUGCCACGCUAAGCAAAAAGAGUGGGAAAAAUUGCGUAAUGCUGACCUACCACCAGAAUUGGCCAUCCAAUUUCCUUUUGAGGCAUCCAGAAUCAAGUUAAUGUUGUCAAAGGAUCCGAAAAAAAGGCCAACAGCUGUCUUCUUAAAGGAGUAUUUUAAAUCCAAGUCUGUUUUCCAUUCAAACACACUAUGAAAUUACUUAAUGAAUGAAAUCCCUUUAUUUUGUUGGGAGAAGACAAAUGAAAGAAAGCGUUUAUUGUAAAAUGUAAUAUGAGCUUUGUGAUUGACUUUUCAGCUGGUAUAGCACUUGUAGAUUAUGUAGAUCCAUUUUAACCUUAUUCAUCUCAUCGUGUACUUUUGACAAUGAAAUAAUGGAGCAUUCUCUAAUAAUAAUGGGAAUUGAAAGGUCAUGGUAAAGUAUAAGUGGUAGCUAAAAAAAUAUAUGUUUGUGCCUAAAAAGCAUAUAUGGGUUUUCUAUAAAGCACAUUUUCUGAUGCUUUAUAUACUGAAGAAAUUAUAAAGCUGCUAAUAUGAAAGUUUUUUAUCACGCAGUAGACACUUUCUUGAUUAUUUUGGAGUUUUUACCAUGAUCAUGUUCAUUUUAGAUAGACAUUUUGGUGUCAUCACAUCCUAUAACUGCUAUCAGGACCGGAAUCUAUUGGUUUGGAAGCACCACACAGACAAUAAUAAAAAAAAUCUUUACAAUUCUGCAGACUCUCUCUGCAUCAUCUUGAGAUGAUUGGUAGAGAUGUGACACUGUUGUACUCAUGCUGAAGUUGCAGAGUCUGCACAUGAGCACUGUCUUAGGAGAACGCAGAUAUUUUCCACAUAGCAUGGCACCUUUUACGUUUUAUUUUUUUGCUGACAAGUCCACUAAACUAUUAGUAUGCCUCUGUUGUAAAGAUAAUGCAUUUCUGUGUUAAUUAACUGUGAUGGAUAUUCUGUGCAUAACAUAAUAUGCCGUGACUGAGCCUUGAUUGAAAAUCAGCUUAAAGAGGCUUUGCUACUUGAGUGAAGAAGGGCAAACUGCUGUAAGUAUGAGGUGCAUGCACCUAGAAGCUCCUACACAUACCUGCAGCAACCUCCCAAGCCUUCUUUUCACAGGCUUAAUCUCAGGCCCUUCGUUAUGAUAAAGCUUUUGCACUCUUUGAUGAUGUCAAAGCUUGUCUACCCUCUGCACAUUUUUAUUGAUCACUGAGGCUGCCCAACUUUGUGAUGGCCCAGUAGGAAUGUAAGGGUGUGGCGCUUAUUGACCAACCCUGAUACUACCCAGUAAUUAUGGUAGGAAGCUUUACUUAUGCAGAAAGGCCUGGCAUUUGGCCAUAACAUGAAAGUUUUGGAGACUGUUACAGGUAUGUACAUGUGUCUCUCGAUGACUGCAUUUCAUAUGUGCAUUGUUUUCUUCCCCUCCCUCAAUCGCUUUAAAAGCUAAGUGAAAGCCACAUAACCGCUUGUUUAAAAUCUCAGUUCUUCAUCACACCCCCUAUGAAAAGUACUGCUGGGUCUCCAUAGCCUUCAAUGUAAGGCCCAUCUGUCGUUAGUCUGAGGUUUGAACAGUGCAUGAAAUGGUUGGUGUGCAGAAACACUGGGAACAUUUUUUGAAGAAGGGCUGUGCAGCUGUGGGGAGGCCACACCACUAAGACACAUCUAAAUUCAGUAUGGAAGGUGGUGGGUUAGGAUAAGUGCACUACAAAUGUGCUUGUCCUAGGAUGUUUUGUGUACAGAAUGUAUUGGCAUUGCAAUGGUAGUGAGUAUAUAACAAUUUUUUUUUUUUUUGCCCAGUUGUAUUUGAUGAUUUUCUUUGCACCUUCUGGCAUACUAUUGAGACUAGGUUUUGGUAUCUGUCUUGAUUGCUUUGGGCAAUACAAGCUAUUUUAAAGACACAACGAAGCUGAAAGAUGUUAUAUUGACAGUUGAAAUACAUAUAAACAAACCUUUUACUUUUCAAAGUAUUUAUAAUUCUGGGCAGCCAUUUUUGUGAUCCAGGCACCACUGCUGGAAAGUAAAAACAUAUCAAACUUUUUCUGCUCUCUCCUAUUGACAGAAUGUUAACUGUCAGCACAUGAGCAUGCGUCAGAACCUGAUUUUCCUAGUGUUGGCCUUCACACAGAGAGCAAUUGUGCAGGUGAAAUUAGAGGGCUGAUUUAAUUGAAACCUAUCUCCAAUAAUUUUUUUGGUUUGUUCAUUGAAUGCCACAGUGGAAAUCUUCAGGUUUUGGCCAUAGAGUUAUAGCUCCACCUUCAGGAGUAGAACACCAGGCAUAAAAAAAAAAAGCACAUCGCUGAUCGCCAAACCCCCAUCUGUUAGAGGCAGGUCAGUUGUCACUGGGCGAAAAGUUACAUAAUAUAGAUUUUUGGGAUCUCCCCAGCUCAGCCAAUGAGCACAUGUGUAGGUCCUUGUAAAUCGUUUGCUCUCCUGGAUUGGGGCAGCCUUUGAUUCCCCCACCCCCUGUGGGGAGGGGGGCACUCAUAUGGUCAAGUGACAAGGAGAAGGUACCCUCUUUCAUCCUAUUGGGAUGUGGUAAAGUAUAUAUCCUUCUUUAUAUGACUCCGUGUGGCCCCUGGGUGGCUUGGAGCAGUUUGUGUAUAUCCUUUUCCUAUCUGCUUCCCCUCCUCGUGGAAUACUUGAGGCUUGGGUCAUGUGUUGAACUAUAGGACACAGCACCCACUCUCUAGUUAUGUCUGUGACCAGUUGUUGCCUUAAAGGAACACUAAAGUUAAAAAAAAAUCUUGUAAAAUAACAAACAUGUCAUACUUACCUCCA